AUGUGUGGAAAUUACGGGGGAUUUAAUAGAAAACAAUCUAGAGUGUACUUGGCAUAUUUGAGCGGAGAAUAUAUGCCCAAGGCAUGGAAGAAUGGAAAUGAUCGUAAUGGUAUCACUGAUUGUUUAGCUAUUUAUAUUUCAUCAAGCGGUAUAACCAGGAUGAAAUUGGCAUCCUGUAACAGAAAGUACGCAUUUAUAUGUGAAAGAAACGGACAGGUUGAUUCCAGUCAAAUAUAUGAAACAGAAUGGUUAGAUAGUGGUAAACCUGAGAAUAGAGAGGAUGAAAAUGUUAUAACCUUCAUAAACAGAAAUUUGCCUUAUACAGGAAAACGACCAUGUUCCAAUCCAAUUAGUAUGAAAUGUAGAAUAGUCGGUACAAAGACACUGAUUUCUAAAGCAAAUAGUAAUGGUUUUAAGUUGGAGAGAGGCAAAGCAUGUGAGAAUGGUCGGUUUAAAUGUUUGGAUAGAAAGAAUGGUGGUAAAAAGUGCCCAGACAUUGAAUAUAAACUUACUUGUCCACUUGACAAUAAUGAUUGCAGUUUACCCAGAAAUCAAGAAAACUGUAGAAACAAGAACAUGAGAUGUAUGAAUCGAGCUAAUGGUGGCUACUCAUGUGUCAAUCCAUGCAAGAGACUCGACAAGGUCUGCUUUGAUUAUUGUGAAAAGGCCGCUUUAUGUAAAUCAAGUGGUGAUCCUCAUUAUACGACAUUAGAUGGAAAGAAAUACAAUUUCCAAGGCGAUUGUUCAUACACAUUGAUUCAAUUACGUCCAGGAAUACAAGGUCAAGAAGCAUUUUCAGUUAGAGUUAACAACUAUAAGAAGAAACCUAGUGCCAAAGUCUCCUACACCGAUUGGGUCGAACUUGACUAUAUGGGUCAUAAAUACAGAAUUGGAAGGAAAAAGAAAAUAUAUGUUGACAAUGAAGAAACUCUUUGUCCUUUUGAAAAUGACCAUGUGAAAAUUAGCUCCUGUGGUGAUAGAAUCACCAUUUCGACUGAUUUUGGUUUGGAAUUGUCAACAGAUGGCCGCAAAAGUUUUUAUGUUGAAGCAUCAUACAAACUACAAAACAAAGUAGAAGGUUUAUGUGGUAACUUCGAUGGAAACCCUGAAAAUGAUUUACAGAUGGUUGGAGCACAUGCUUAUAAUAAAAAGCUUACUCCGGCUGAAAAUUUUGCCAACAGUUUUGCUGCUGAUGAUCAUGAAUGUAGACUACCAGAUACAGAUACAGAACCUAAAUGUUCAAAGGAUGAUGAACGUAGAAUCAAGGAGGAUCAAAAGGAUGGCUGUGGAUUACUCAAAAAGUCAUCCAACUCUGUUUUUAUUAAAGCUGCCAAUGGAAACCGAGCUCUUUUGAAAAUGUUGAAAGAGAAAUUAAACAGUUGCGUUUAUGAUCUUUGUCUUUCUGAAAAUACCAGAUGUGAUUAUUACCAAGCUGCAGCAGAUGAACUUAGUAGUAUUGGCUCAGGAGUACCAAACUGGAGAAAGGAAACUAACUGUAAACUGGAAUGUAAUGGUGAUUUAGUACCAGUAUCAAAUCCACCACUUAAAGAAGCUACAUGCAUGGAACCAAUAAUAAACAGUAAUGACAAAGAAGUCGGUGAAGUGUGCCGAUGUCCAGGUGAUAAAAUUAAAAGUAUCGAUGAUAAAUGUGUUGAUGUAUCUGAGUGUAUGGGUUGUGAAUUCCGUAGGCAAUUCAUUCCGGUUGGUCGUCCUGUCCAUUCAUCAGAUUGUAAGAUGACAUAUCACUGUCGAGUUACAAAAGAUGGUAGUUCAACAAGUUUAAUGUUUGAACCAAGAACAUGUGGAGAAAAUACUAAGUGUGAAGGCGGUAACUGUGUUUGUAUAGCAGGCUUUGUAAUGAAAAAUGAAAAAUGUGAAGAAGAUCAUAGUUCUAUCAAAUGUGCUCAUAGCUUUUUAAAGAAAGGACGCAAAUGUUACAAACUUUUGCACAGAAAAGCAAAUUGGCAUGAGGCUGCGGUGGCUUGUGCUGGACAAAUAGAUGGCGGUCGAUUGGCUAGAUAUGAUACAGAUGAAGAUAAAACCUUCUUAACUGAACUAGCUUCUAGAAUGUCAGGAUCUUUAAGAGCUAAAGAAUUAAGGAUGCAAUCUAAGAAAAGAGGAAGACGUCGAGGUGUUUCCAGUAGCUAUGUUUUCUGGAUGAGUGGUAAUACAAAUAGAUUGGAUCCAAGAUUUAAUCCAAAUCCAUACUCACAACUAGAUGUGCCACAAUAUCUUGAUGAGUUAUCUAAUCGAGUUGGUUGUGUAUAUGGUGAAUUUAAAGUCAGAGGAAAGGGGCGAAGGCCAGCCAAGAGAUACAAUAAAAACUUUAAGAUAAGAUCAAAGAGACGAUCAAGGAGAAACAGAAACAAGGCACGCAGAUCAAGGAGAAACAGAAACAAGGCACGCAGGUCAAGGAGAAACCGAAACAAGGCAGGCAGAUCAAGGAGAAACCGAAACAAGGCAGGCAGAUCAAGGAGAAACCGAAACAAGGCAGGCAGAUCAAGGAGAAACCGAAACAAGGCAGGCAGAUCAAGGAGAAACCGAAACAAGGCAGGCAGAUCAAGGAGAAACCGAAACAAGGCAGGCAGAUCAAGGAGAAACCGAAACAAGGCAGGCAGAUCAAGGAGAAACCGAAACAAGGCAGGCAGAUCAAGGAGAAACAGAAACAAGGCAGGCGGAUCAAGGAGAAAGGGAAGCAAGGCAGGCAGAUCAAGGAGAAACCGAAACAAGGCAGGCAGAUCAAGGAGAAAGGGAAGCAAGGCAGGUAGAUCAAGGAAAAACCGAAACAAGGCAGGCAGAUCAAGGAGAAACCGAAACAAGGCAGGCGGAUCCAGGAGAAACGGAAGCAAGGUAGGCGGAUCAAGGAGAAAGGGAAGCAAGGCAGGCAGAUCAAGGAGAAACAGAAACAAGGCAGGCGGAUCAAGGAGAAAGGGAAGCAAGGCAGGCAGAUCAAGGAGAAACAGAAACAAGGCAGGCAGAUCAAGGAGAAAGGGAAGCAAGGCAGGCAGAUCAAGGAGAAAGGGAAGCAAGGCAGGCAGAUCAAGGAAAAACCGAAACAAGGCAGGCAGAUCAAGGAGAAACCGAAACAAGGCAGGCGGAUCCAGGAGAAACCGAAACAAGGCAGGCGGAUCCAGGAGAAAGGGAAGCAAGGUAGGCGGAUCAAGGAGAAAGGGAAGCAAGGCAGGCAGAUCAAGGAGAAACCGAAACAAGGCAGGCAGAUCAAGGAGAAACCGAAACAAGGCAGGCAGAUCAAGGAGAAACAGAAGCAAGGUAGGCGGAUCAAGGAGAAACCGAAACAAGGCAGGUGGAUCCAGGAGAAAGGGAAGCAAGGCAGGCAGAUCAAGGAGAAACCGAAACAAGGCAGGCAGAUCAAGGAGAAAGGGAAGCAAGGCAGGCAGAUCAAGGAGAAACCGAAACAAGGCAGGCAGAUCAGGGAGAAACCGAAACAAGGCAGGCAGAUCAAGGAGAAACCAAAACAAGGCAGGCAGAUCAAAGAGAAACCAAAACAAGGCAGGCAGAUCAAGGAGAAACAGAAACAAGGCAGGCAGAUCAAGGAGAAACAGAAACAAGGCAGGCAGAUCAAGGAGAAACAGAAACAAGGCAGGCGGAUCAAGGAGAAAGGGAAGCAAGGCAGGCAGAUCAAGGAGAAACCGAAACAAGGCAGGCAGAUCAAGGAGAAAGGGAAGCAAGGCAGGCAGAUCAAGGAGAAAGGGAAGCAAGGCAGGCAGAUCAAGGAGAAAGGGAAGCAAGGCAGGCAGAUCAAGGAAAAACCGAAACAAGGCAGGCAGAUCAAGGAGAAACCGAAACAAGGCAGGCAGAUCAAGGAGAAACCGAAACAAGGCAGGCAGAUCAAGGAGAAACCGAAACAAGGCAGGCAGAUCAAGGAGAAACCGAAACAAGGCAGGCAGAUCAAGGAGAAACCGAAACAAGGCAGGCAGAUCAAGGAGAAACCGAAACAAGGCAGGAAGAUCAAGGAGAAACAAAAGAAAAGGACGCAGAUCCAGAAAUAGGUCAAGGGGAUCAAGGGCAACUGCAGGAUUUGGCAAUCGUCUUCCAGGUAAAUUCAGUGUUAAGAUCAACGCACAUUGCCAUCAUUUGAAAUAUCCAUUGUGUGAAUAUGAUCCUCUUGAAGUUCAGAAGCGAAAGAAGGUAUUGGUUGAUGGAGGUAAACCUAUAAAGCGUGGAAGAAACAAAUACGAAUUAACUGUUAAACAGGCCAUCAUCAGAUUGAAACCUGUGUGUUUGAAACCAUUUAAAAUAACCUAUGAGCCACAGGAAAGAGAUGGAGAUCGCAUAGAAGUUACCAAAAAUAAAUUUAUUUGCAAUGGUCCAACCUGUAAGAACUAUAAGGUGAAAUUCGAAUGUCCUGAGGAUGUCAAUGAAUGCGAUGUAGCAGGAUCUAAUGCUUGUCCCGGUGGCCAGAAAUGUGUAGACACUUUUGGUCAUUACCUCUGUAAAUGUCCAGUUGGAGCAGAUUGGAAUUCCAAGCUUAAGCAAUGUGUCAGUGGAAAUCUGUGCUCCUGUACUGGUGAUCCUCAUUGCAGAACAUAUGCUGGGGACAUGCUGGAUUUCUUCGGAAAAUGCAAAUACCUCAUCUCCGGUGUCUGCAAAACAAACAAUGACAAAUUGAAGAAUUUAGAUCUGUUUAAAGUAGAAUGUAAGAAUAGAAAGUGUGGCAAACCGGGAAAAGAUGUCACAUGCACCGAUUAUUGUGAUGUUACAAUCUACCAUGAGAAGGACAACUUUGAUUCUACGUUUGACACAAUCAGACUAGCUCGAAAUGGAAAACUACAGGUGAACAAGGUUGAUGUGGAAAACAAAAAGGAGACAAAAUAUUUCGUAGCAGAAGUCAGUGGUAAAGAAACUAGAGUUACAACUCCAUAUGCUUUGUCGGUCAUGUUUGACGGCCGAUCUAAGAUAUAUAUUGAUACACCGAGUGGCUACGACGGCCUCAUGUGUGGUAUCUGUGGAAAUAUUGGUGUAUCAAAAGAACAGGCAUAUAAAUUGAGGGCUGGCUCUUUUUUCACCCCAACAUACAGACAGAAUAGAAAAUCACGAUGGGAGCUAUCCUCUGCCAGUGAAUAUGGCAAUGAUUGGCAAGUCGAUGAUGAUGAAAAUGCUGGAUGUAGUAAAUCAGUACCAACUGUAACAGAUUGUAGUCCCGAGACAGAAGAAAAACUUGGUAGUGAAGAUUUCUGUGGUCAACUAAAAGUUCUGUACAAUGAAUAUGUAUCAGAAUAUGAAGAAAAAAUUAAAGAUUUGAAAAUAUCAGAGCUCGUGGACAAUUGUGUAUUUGAUGUCUGUCAAGAAGAAAGUGGGAAUGAUGAAGAACGAAAAAAAAUUGUUUGCUCAAAGAUGGUAGAUUUAUCUAUACAAUUGUAUUUGAAAACCGGUGAAACCAAGGAAUGGCGAACUGAUGAUUUCUGUAAAUUGGAUUGCGAUGAACCCAAUGAGCAAGUCAUGUAUCUAGCUAAAUGUGAUAAGAGAUGUGGAGACAUGCAUAACGUACAGACAACAUGUAGUGGUACUCCCAGAGACAUGUGUGUAUGUGAAGGGGACUACUACAGGAAAGGAACUAAAUGUGUCAAAAAAGAAGAAUGUGGUUGUGAAAUGAUAACGGAAACAGGCAUGAAAAAAUUUAUGAUAAAUGUUGAUGAAGUAACAUUGAAUACAAACUGUUCUGAGAAAGUCAAAUGUAAAUCUAAUGGUGAAUUGGUCACGGAAGCUACAAUGCCUGCAGAUACUGCAAGAGUAUGUAACCUAGAUAAUUCUAGACCCGAAAUUUCGUGUAUGGACAACUUCAAACUCAAUGUAGAGAUAAAUAUGUGUGAAGAAAUCAGCACAUGUACAGGAGAAUUCCAGAAAUUUGGUAAUAAGUGUGUUUAUGUCUCAAGGGAAAAGGUGAUAUGGCGUACAGCUGUACAGGACUGUAACCAACGAGGAGGAUACUUGCUUCAAUUGACAAGCGAAGCAGAAAUAGCAGAAUUUCAAAAAUUGAGACGAUUGAGAUUUGGAGGUCAAUUCUAUGUUGCUGGAGUAAACACAAAUAGAAAAGAAAGCAAUGAUAAGUUUACAGAUCCUGGAUAUGAGAAUUUCCGUCUCCCAUCAAAUCUGGUAGACAGCAGUGCUGAAACAACUGGUUUUAAAUGCGUUGGAUUAUCAAAAUCGGAAGCCCCAAAAUUAACACAAUGCACAAUAAAGAAGAAGUACAUCUGUGAACAGAAACCAGAUGAAAUUAAAACUGUAGACACUGGUAAUUGUGAUGGAAGUGAUGUAACUGAUGCAAAUGAAGUUGAAAGCAUCCAAGAAAUCCGAACUGAUGAUCCUACCUGUAUCUGUACGUUCCCUAUGGAUGUAAAAUGUGAUCCUGUUUCCGAUGCAACCUCUGUUACAGAAACAGUAUGUAAAGCUCGACCAAGCGGGGAACUCUAUACUUGUUAUGGUGGUGAUAUGAACUCAUGUACAGAUUAUACUGUCCAAGGAAAAUGUGAAAAAAAUAUCGAUGAAUGCAGCGAAGUGGGUGUUGAUUUGUGUCCAGAUGGAACUGAAUGUACAGAUGAUUGGGGCAGUUUCAGCUGUCAUUGCUCAGAUCCAGACGACAUUCUUCACGAUGAAACAUGUUUAGCCACAGAAAAAUGUCAAUUCAGUAUGCCCAGUGAUGGUAAUACUUUCAUGAUUACCAGAUUUAAUUCGCUCGAUUUACCAUCGCAAGAAGUUGGAGAUUGUACAGUUACCUUAGUAGAAGACUGUGUUUCUCCGGAAAAAUUAAAUGUAAAGGUUAUUAAAGCUAAAAGUGGAGGCACAUAUGUCGUAACAAUUAGAAUAAAGGUUCAAGACACAGUUGUUUCAGUAACAACACUUGGAGUUGAGGUUAAUGGGGAAUUCUACAGUGAUGGAAGAAAGUACACCGAUAUUAAGAUUAUGCAGUCAGCUAGAGAAUUAUUAGUUUCUAGCAAUGAUGGCAAACUCAAUGUUAUGGUAGAUACAGUUAAUUUGGAAACAGAGAUAACAUCUGUUGUUGGUUUUUGUGGAUCCUGUGAUUUGCUAGACAGUAUGGACGUUUCUCAAGCAUUUGAUAGAUGUAGUGAACUUGGCUCUGGAGAGUCAAAUACAGAAAAUACUGAUAAAGAACCACCAACACCACCACCAGAAUUAACACCACCACCACCAAAUUCGGAGUCACCCACAGGUCCUGGACCAGCAACUCCCCCAAAUCCAGAAACCCAACCAUCACAGCCAGUUAAUCAACCUAGUCCAACAACCGUACCAGAUGCUCCACCAUCUAUCCCAACAACUGGAGUUCCUAAUCCUAGCCCUGGUGAAACACCCCCUCCAGAAAUUCUUCCACCAGGCGCAUGCCCUUCUACAAUGUCUGCUGCUAACAAAUGUGGUAUAAUUGUUGACGGUCCAUUUAAUAACUGUUCAAAUACACAAGGAUUAUAUGAGUUAUGUAUUACAAAGACCUGCAAUGAGGGGGUGGAUUUCUGUGACGUGUUAACUGAGACAAUCUCUGUAGACUGUAAAGAUUACAUAUUGUCUCAAGUAGAUAGAGCUGAAUCUUUGAUGCGAACUGGUUGUGUUGAAGACUGUGGACCUAAUAUGGUAUUCAGUUUUAAACCACCCCAGGAACUCCCUACAUGUAGUAACAAAUAUCCUAAUGCAGCUAAUGAAGGUGAAGCAAAUCCUCGUAACCCACAAUGUAUAUGUCGUGCUGGAUUCUUCCUGCAAAAUGGAGGAUGUAUACCUCUCUCUGAAUGUGGAUGUGAGGAUCCAAAUUCAGAACGAUAUUUUGAGAUUAAUGACGAAUGGUUAAAUGCUGACUGUUCUAAAUUGUUUGUAUGUAAAGCAGGCGUUGUUGAAGAACGUGAAAAUACACUUAUACCAAAUUCCAAAUGUGGUACUAAAAACAAUGAAAUAGCUGUUGUGUGUAUUGAUGGAUACCUAGGUGAUGCUAAGGUUGAAUGCAAGAAAGGUGAUGAAACAGACAGCAGUUUCUGUGCUACUGUACAACUGGAUGAGGAUGAUGUGAAGGUCUGUCUAUGUAAAACCGGUUAUGUCUCUGAUUGUGACACAUGUGUUGAUUUGGAUGAAUGCCAGGCUAAUCUACACGACUGUAGAAUCAAUGAGCAAUGUAAAAAUACACCGGGUUCUUUUGAAUGCGAGUGUAAGAGCGGAUACAGGAAAAAUUCACUCAAUGUUUGUGCCAAUAUCAAUGAAUGUCAGGAAGAAUCAGAAACACCGAGAUGCCCAGAAAACUCCAUAUGUCGAGAUGUACCAGGAGCCUAUGCUUGCUCUUGCUGUUAUGGUUAUGAUUUCACUAUGGCCCGUCCUGGUGGUCCAUUCCAGUUUAAAUGUCAACGUAAUACUAGAAUUACCAUAGGUAGCGAUUGUUGUAUUUGUAACACAGCUCUAUGUAGACCACCAACAGAUGGAUCACCUGCUCAGGUAUGUGGUUCUGAUGGUGUAACAUACAGCAAUUACAAAGAACUUUAUCAAGUCAAUUGUGCCAAAUAUGGUGAAUCCAAUAUUAACGUUACUAUUGCUAAUUAUGGAAAAUGUCCCUCUAACGAACCAACAACCUCUACAAGUACAAGUAAGUCAUCACCUACCUGGAAUACAGUUCUUAUUGAUCUUAUACCAAGCACUGAUUAA